UUUCCUUCCAUUUUACCUCACAAAAAUGGCUCUUUUGAAAACCGCCUUCCUCGACCAUCUCAAAAUCCUCGCCAAUCCCCGCCACCGUUUUGCGCCCUCUUUCGUUACCCUCCGUUGCCUCUCAUUUAGUACCCCGGAAGAAGCCGCCGCUGAACGCCGUCGCCGCAAGCGUCGCCUCCGAGUCGAACCUCCGCUCUCCUCCUCUCAACGUUCCCAACAACAGGCUCAGCAGGUGACCCCACCGAGACCGAUUCAAAACCCAAACGCCCGUAAACUUCCUGAACCCGUAACGGCACUCUCCGGCAACCGCCUCAACCUCCACAACAAGAUUUUGAAGCUCAUUCGCGAGAACGACCUCGAGGAAGCCGCUCUGUACACGCGCCACUCUGUUUACUCUAAUUGCCGCCCAACGAUUUACACCGUCAACGCCGUCUUGAACGCCCAGCUCCGGCAAUUGAAGUACGUGGAUCUCCUCUCUUUGCAUCGGUUCAUUAUCCUAGCUGGAAUCGCCCCCAAUGUGAUCACACACAAUCUAAUUUUCCAAACUUAUCUUGAUUGCAAAAAACCCGAUACUGCCCUCGAGCAUUACAAGCAGUUCAUUAAUGAGUCCCCGGUGAGUCCUUCUCCUACUACUUAUAGGAUUUUAGUCAAAGGGUUGGUGGAUAAUGGGAAACUCGAGAAGGCUGUGGAAAUGAAGGAUGAAAUGACCGAGAAAGGUUUGGCUCCUGACCCUAUUGUUUAUAGUUUUUUAAUGUUCGGCUGUGCCAAGAACGGCGAUUCCAAUGGGAUUUUUAAGCUUUUUGAGGAGUUAAAAGAGAAGAAAGAUGAGGUUUUGGAUGAUGGGGUCGUUUAUGGGGGCUUAAUAAACGGGUACUUCAUGAAGGGAAUGGAGAAGGAAGCUAUGAAGUGUUAUGAAGAAGCUUGUGGAGAGAAUUCAAAGCUUAAAAUAAGUGAUGUUGCUUAUAAUUAUGUUCUUGACGCAUUAAGUAAGAACAGGAAGUUUGAUGAGGCUUUGAGGUUGUUUGAUAGGAUGAAAAAUGAGCAUAAUCCUCCUAGGAGAUUAGCUGUGAAUUUGGGAAGCUUUAAUGUGAUUGUUGAUGGAUAUUGCGCCGAAGGUAAGUUUAAGGAAGCCAUCGAUGUUUUCAGGUCAAUGCUCGAUUAUAGGUGUACUAUGGAUACUUUGUCAUUUAACAAUUUGAUUGAUCAGUUGUGUCAAAAUGGAUUGGUGGGUGAAGCGGAGGAGCUAUAUGGUGGAAUGGGGACUGAGGGGGUUAGCCCUGAUGAGUAUACUUAUGUUCUGUUGAUGGAUGCUUGCUUUAAAGUGGAUAGGAUUGAUGACGGAGCUUCAUAUUUUAGGAAGAUGGUAGAGGCGGGUUUGAGGCCGAGCUUGGCUGUUUACAAUAGAUUGGUGGAUGAAUUGGUUAAAGUUGGGAAAGUGGAUGAGGCGAAAUCGUUUUACGAUACAAUGGUGAAGAAGCUUAAGAUGGAUGAUGCAAGCUAUAAGUUUAUGAUGAAAGCACUCAGUGAUGUCGGGAAGUUGGAUGAUGCACUGAAGAUGGUUGAUGAGAUGUUGGAUGAGGAAAUCUCUGAUUUUACCGAGGAGUUGCAAGGAUUUGUUAAAGAGCUGUUAAGAAAUGUAGGGAGAGAAGAUGAGUUGACAAAGCUUAUGGAGGAGAAAGAGAGACUGAAGGCCGAAGCUAAAGCUCGAGAAGUCGAAGCUGCAGAAGCAGCCAAGAGAAGUGCCAAAGCUGCAGUUGCAUCUUUGCUUCCAUCAAAGUUAUUUGGGAGAAAGGAAGGUGAAUCUGAGUCGUCUGUAGACACUGAAAACACCAUUGAUGCUUCCUCUCGAGGUGAAGUACCGGGUGAAGAUGAGAGUGAAGGGCCUAUUGAGGAAGCUUCUGUUAUGGGGUCUGAUGCAGAUUCUAAUGCUGUUGAUGCAAAGCAACCAUUUUGAUGAAAAUAUUGUCUAAAACUGAUUGCAAAUGACAGCAGGUAAUAGCUUCCGUAUUUUGAAUGAUAAAGUCUCAUCUUUUAUGUUCA